AUGUAUAAAUUCAGUUANGGCAGCGGACACGUGGACGGCCUCAGUUGCGGGGAGGAGCACGAUAACGAACACCAGAAGCUGCAGCAGCAGCACCAGCAGCAGCAGCAGCAAACGCCGUCGGGGAGUGCGAAGAAGAAGCGUUACCACCGCCACACCGCGCACCAGAUUCAAGAAAUGGAAACGUUGUUUAAGGAAUGUCCGCACCCGGACGACAAGCAGCGGCUGAAGCUGAGCCAGGAACUCGGCCUGAAGCCCCGCCAAGUCAAAUUCUGGUUCCAGAACCGCCGCACCCAGAUGAAGGCGCAACAAGAUCGGGCGGACAACGUAGUACUGCGGGCGGAGAAUGACAGCUUGAAGAACGAGAAUUUUCGCUUGCAGGCCGCCAUCCGGAACGUCGUCUGCCCCAACUGCGGCGGCCCCGCCGUCCUCGGCGAGAUGUCCUUCGACGAGCAGCACCUCCGCAUCGAGAACGCCCGCCUCAAAGACGAGCUCGAACGCCUCACGUGCAUCGCAUCCCGCUACAGCGGUAGCGGCAGCGGCGGUCGACCGAUGCAGCCGCUUGGAGCGGCUGCGCCUAUGAUGAUGCCGUCGCUUGACCUCGACAUGGGUAUAUACUCGAGGCACUUCAGCGAGCCCGCAUUGGCAAAUUGCACUGAUAUGAUUCCGGACGGCCACCAACCGUUUGCCGGAAUGCCGAUUAUGGAUCAAGACAAACCCCUUGUGCUUGACCUCGCGAUGACUGCUGCGGACCAGCUUACCAGAAUGUGCCACACCAGUGGGCCGUUAUGGGUCCGUAACACCGGUGACGGUACGGAAGUUCUUGACCUCGAUGAGCACGGCAGAAUGUUCCCGUGGCCGAUCGACUCAAAGGAGCAGCAUAUGGAGUUCCGGACGGAAGCAACGAGGGACAGCGCGUUGGUCAUCAUGAACAGCAUCACUUUGGUCGACGCCUUCUUGGACGCUAACAAAUGGAUGGAGCUGUUCCCUUCAAUUGUUCUGAAAGCAAGAACUGUACAGAUUAUAGCACCUGGGAUCUCCGGUCAUUGCAAUGGCUCGCUUCAUCUGAUGCAUGCUGAGCUCCAAUACCUAUCCCCUUUGGUGCCCGUGCGUGAGAUCCAGUUCUUCCGAUAUUGCCAGCAGAACUCGGGGGAGGGGACAUGGACGAUAGUUGAUUUUCCCGUCGAUGGGUUCCAAGAUGCAGGCCUUCAAGUGUCACUUGCUCGGUGCAGGAGGCGGCCGUCUGGCUGUAUAAUUCAAGAUAUGCCAAAUGGGUACUCAAGAGUUAUCUGGGUAGAACACAUAGAGGUAGAGGACAGGCCAGUGCAUCAGGUAUUCAGUCAGUUUGUAAACAGUGGGAUGGCUUUUGGUGCAACGCGAUGGGUCUCAAUCUUACAACGUCAAUGUGAAAGGCUUGCGAGCCUCAUGGCUAGAAAUAUAUCUGAUCUCGGAGUGAUUCCCUCACCAGAGGCAAGGAAGAACAUGAUGAAAUUGUCGCAAAGAAUGAUAAGAACCUUUUGUGCUAACGUUAGCGCCUCAGGAAUGCAAUCUUGGACGGCACUCUCUGAUUCUUCUGAGGACACAAUUAGGGUAACUACUAGGAAGAACACAGAGCCAGGCCAGCCGAAUGGUGUCAUUUUAACUGCAGCUUCAACCACAUGGCUUCCAUUUUCACACCAACAAGUAUUUGAUCUUCUUACUGAUGAGCAACGGCGAUCUCAGCUUGACGUCCUCUCUAGCGGAAACUCACUUCAUGAGGUUGCUCAUAUUGCAAAUGGUUCUCAUCCGAGGAAUUGUGUCUCUCUUUUGCGCAUUAAUGUGAGUAUACAUUCCUCACCUUAUAGAUGUUGCUUUUACGUCAUUCAUAAUGCUANCUCCCCAUCUCCUCCGCCGCCAUCGCGAACCUCCUCCGCCACCCCCGAAGGUGAUGGCAGCGGUGCUUCCGCCGCCACCGCUGCUGCUGUUGCCCCGGGAUGCCUCCUAACUAUCAGCAUGCAGGUGCUGGCGAGUGCAGUCCCAUCAGCGAAACUGAACCUCUCGAGCGUGACAGCCGUCAACCACCACCUCUGCAAUGCAGUUCGCCAGAUUAGCGCCGCCCUCGGCGGGCCGCCUCAGCCAGAACCGGCCGGGACGGCGGCGCCGCCUGACCCGUGAGGGGAAGCAGAAAGGUGGUGGAGUUAACUGCUAUACUGCCUGGUGCAAUCCGUCUAUACCGAUCGAUAUUCCCAAAAUGCCCCCCCAACACCUCUGCUUUUCACAUAUAUAUUAUAAUUGUUGAGUAUUUAGUAACUAAAAUCUCUAGAUUAUUUUUUGUACAGGAGCAAGAGAGAAUUUGACAAGGGCCCAUGCAGAGCUGCAAAAUGACCAAAAUAUCCUUGUCGAGUCGGGCAUUUUGGUUAUCUUAUAUUUUGUGUACGCGUGUAUAGUCCAUGGGCGUUGUCAAGUUUUCACUUGCUCCGAGCUUUUACUCUAUUUGCAAUUCAUAAUCAACUUUGCAAAGGGCAUUUUGGUCAUGUUGGUGUGGCAUUGAUGGGAUCCGGGCAAUCUCCACCUACCCACUGCCAUCUAAGAUAUGCUUCCCAGUGAAUUAAACAUGUUGAAGGCCGGCUGGCUAGUUAUUAAUAUAUGUAAUAAGAUCAAGAGGGAUGAAUUAAUUGUGUUGUGUUGUGUUGUGUUGUGUAGUGUAGUGGUUGGGGGAAUGUUGUGAAAUUAGGGUUUGUUGGAGGAGGGGAGUCAAGAGCGCACCAGGUGUGACCCUGAAUGCUCUCUCCCUUUUUUAAGGCCCAAAAUUUGAAAAGAGGAAGCCCAAAAUGGCUUCUGGGCCUAAAAAAAAAAAGCGGGGAGUGGGAAAGGAGAAGGGUGUUGGUUCGGGUAUUGACUUCCUUCUUGCGUUACUUUAAACAUGUUGUUGCUCUCCUUUGUCU